AUGUCUAUUAAUAUUGAUCUUGGGGAUCAAGUUAUUGUAAAGAAUUUGAACCUGAAGGAUAGCAGGCAGGGAGGUCGUCCCAGCAACAGCCCGAGCCAUGGGAAGCAACGGGUGUGUAGAGAUGGGAGGUGGUCCCCUCCUCCGACUAGGUUCCUGAAGAUCAAUACUGAUGGGUCUUCCCGAGGGAAUCCUGGGCAUGCCGGCAUUGGGGCUAUUGGUAGAAGCGAUGAUGGAGAUGCAGUCUUUCUUCUCUUUGUUUACAAGGGUGAGCAUUCUAAUAACCUGAUGGAGGCCCUUGCCAUUAAGGUUGCUAUUGAGCGUGGAUGCUCGUUAGGGUGGUGGAAUUUCAUCUGUGAGUCUGACUCACAGAUUGUGGUGGAUAUGUUGAACAAUCAGAGGCUGGAUAAUGUUAGUUGGCAACUUGCCUCUUUAGCCAGACAAAUUCUUGGCCUUUGUAGGCUGGUGGACUCUGUCUCCUUUCGUCAUAUUCCUCGCGAGUGGAACAGGGUGGCCGAUUGUCUGGCUAAGUGGGCUUCUGAGAAUGUGGGUGAGUGGAAUAUUAAUGGUAGGGAUGAAUUACCUGCUCAGUACUGUGAGAUUAUUGAUCAGAUGCUUCUGGAGGACAGGAGUUUGUAG